AUGUCGUUAAUGUGGAGCGUGGCUGCGUCGCACGACUCGGAACGACCGAUGGCCAACACCGACCACGAUUUUCGACGGUUUUUCGAGGAGAAUAAGCAUAAAUUUGACAACGCGGUGACAAUCGUGAUGGGCGACCACGGGCCACGAUAUGACAGUGCAGUAAAUACCAAGCAGGGAUUGUACGACAAAAACAACCCAUUAAUGCUCGUCUCACUCCCGAAAACAUUAAGGGAGACAAACAUGCAAAAAGUGCUCAAAAGAAAUAGUGAAUUCCUGUCUUCUCAUCAUGAUCUCCAUGCUACCUUGGUAGACAUUAUUCGGCACCAACCGUCCUCCAAUUUCUCCGAUACCUCCUUUCUACGCAUUAAUGGUACAUACGGAUCUUCGUGGCUGCGACGUUUCGAGAUGGGCGUGCCGAGCAGGACGACCCAAAGUGGAAUUGGAGAAUGGCAACUUGCAAUUGUUGGAAAGGAAUGGGACCGCGUGAAUAAG